AUGGAGGUGGCUCGUAUCUCCAUGAUCCAUGCGAAUGCCCCCCAUUUUCUGUGGUCGUUUGCGGUCCGGUACGCUGCGCAUCAGCUCAACCUCUGGCCCCGUGUCUCCUUGCCGGAGACCUCGCCUAUACUGCGUUGGACGGGGAAGGUUGGCGAUGCGUCGGUGUUCCGGGUCUGGGGUUCUCGUGCCUUUGUCCGCGAUACGUCCGCGGAUAAGCUCUCCGCCCGCGCUAUUCCCUGCGUCUUCCCUGGCUUUCCCCCUGACGCACCUAGUUGGCAGUUUUACCACCCCACCUCGCGCCGUGUCCUCCCCUCUCAGGACGUCACGUUUGACGAGUCGGUUCCCUUUUACUAUCUCUUCCCCUACCGCUCAGCCCCUCUCCCACCCCCGCCGCUCUUCCUUGUUCCAGGUCCCCCUCCGGUAGACCCCCUCUCCCCUCAGGGUCGUGCUCCCUCAGGUGUGUCUCAGGUAGACCCACUCCCUGGUAUUGUGCCUGUUGAGGUCGAUGUAGACUCAGGUGCUGCUCGAGGUGCUGCGUCUGGGGGUGCUGCGUCUGGGGUGCUGAGCCUGAGCGUGCGGAGCCUGGGGGUGCUGAGCCUGCGGGUGCUGAGUCUGAGGGUGCGGGGUCUGGGGGUGCUGAGCCUGGGGGUGCGGAGCCUGGGGGUACUGAGCCUGGGGGUUCUUUGUCUCCUAGAGGUCCUCCGGAUGCCUUGUCGUGGAGGGAGUCUCUCUCUCCACCGCACCUGCGCGAGUGGUUUGCUCGGCGCACCCGCCUUCGGAGUGGCGCUGCUGGAGCCGGGGGGUCUGCCGCUGGAGGCACUGGAGCUGUUGGAGCUGGAGGUGCUGCAGGAGUUGGAGCUGGAGGCAAUGGAGCUGGAGCUGCUAGAGUUACUGGAGCCACUGGUCCCGGAGGUUCUCGUACUGGAGGUACUGGAGCUGCUAGAGCUGGAGAAGCUGAAGGAGUUGGAGCUGGGGGCACUGGAGCUGGAGCUGCUGGAGUUACUGGAGCCGUUGGUCCUAGAGGUGCUCGUACUGGAGGUACUGGAGGUGCAAGAGCUGGAGGUGCUGCAGGAGUUGGAGCUGGAGACACCGGAGCUGGAGGCGCUGGCCCUGGGGGUGCUGGUGCCGUUGGUGCUGGUUUUGGAGACACUGGACGGCCGCGACCGUACUUCUUGCAGCCGUCGUUACAGCCAGCCUCCCCACUGCCUGCUCCUUCUCCUUACACUGAGCAGACUAGAGGUCUUACAGAGCGUCGUGAGCCUGUGUCUCGUCCUGCCUCGCCUGUUCGCGCUGUUUGCACUGGUCGUCGUGUUCCGCGACCGCGUCCUCCUCCUGUCCCCGGCACGCACCAUAUGGCACUUCGUCCUUCCUCUGUUUCACAGCGUGUCCCCCUACCGUCUCCUCCUGCGUCCUCUCUGGAUGACGGACCGGACCCUGAGUCUGACCUAG